GACACAUUCGGGGCCUUUCCCAGUUACAAUCGCAGGGCGAAACUCGCUUCAUCUGAACACUGCAUCCAGUCCACUGAGGGGUUAGUCAGUGUCGCAGGAGGAAAACAGGGGCGGCCGAUAAAGCAUAGACCUUAUCAACAAAGCAACGAUAUUCGCUGGUCCUCCUUCCUACCAUCGCAAAUCGCUGGGUGUAGCUGCCGAACAACUCCGAACCGGACAAAGGCGCUGCUACCCUCAGCACGACACACCAACCCUAGCCUAGAUGAGCGGAAUCCGGUCGGACUUCGGCGGGGCGCACCGCUUUGAUGAUCACUCCGACGAAUACGAGGAUGACCCUUCGCGCCCGGGCAUAAAAAGAAAACGAAGUCAUGUCGCCUGUGACACUUGCCAACGAAAGAAAUUAAAAUGCGACGGGGUGAAGCCGAGCUGCACCACCUGCCUGCAAACGUUUGCUGAAUGCACGUAUAGGUCCGAAGCACAGAAGCGGAGUCAGCACCUAGGCGGAGACCACUACAUGCGUCAUCUGGAUUCACAAAUCAAGCACAUCGAGAGUGUCAUCAAUCCCGCGCAGACUGACAACGGAGCAGGGAAUCCGUUUAUAUUGCCUUCGGACGGGAACGGUAUAGAAAGAGCCAGUCAGGAGCGAUUGAGAAGCCUGAUGAAGGAAACCCAAGACCAAGCUGCCGCCGACGAGGACUUCAAUCCACCGCAAAUAAGCACAUUGACGCAACAAGGGAUCACUCAAAUGCUGAUCAACGAACUGAUCAACAUGUACUUCCACUAUGUGUCGCCAUUCUUCCCUUUCAUCCAUAAGUAUACCUUCUACACCCGCAUCGCCGAGCAACCUCCUCUCCUCGUCAACGCCAUGUGUGCGUUUGCGGCUCGAUUCUCGACGAAUCCGAAACUGGAAUCUGGGAGCCCCGCCACUGCUGGGGAUCUGUUCUACCUGAAAGCGAGAGAUAUGGUCGAUCAAGCCAUCGACAAUCCUAGUGUCAGCUCCGUCUGCGCUUUGCUUCUUCUGACUUCGUAUGCUGCGGAGGGUGGUAGAGAAUCGGCUGCUUACAUGUACUCGGGGAUGGCAAUCAGGAUGGCGCAGGAGUUGAGGCUGAAUAUCGAACCCGAGCUUGACCCGCUGAAUCAUAGUGAGCCUGUAACGAUGAGCUGGCUCGAACGAGAAACGAGAAGACGGGUAUGGUGGGGCUGUGUGAUAACAGAUCGUUAUACUGGAGUCAGUUCAGAUCGCAAUAUGAUCAUCGACGAGAAGGAUUGCAAAGUUUAUCUGCCAUCUGGAGAUGCUGAGUGGGCAGGACCGGCAAAUCAGUUGACUGUUGUGGGACCCCGAACGGAAGACCCGUUCCAGCUUGCGAUCAUGACUUCUAGCAGCACAUUCACUCCUGGGAUGCAACUCCAGAGUACGCUAGCAUACUACGCCGUUCUGAUUAAAAUAUUCGGCAAGAUUGUCGAGCGCAACGCCGAACUGCGCGUGGCACACCGUUCGAAGCAAACAAGCUCGCCCAUUUCGGAGAGCGAUUAUCAGCUGUCGGUCCUGGAUGCAUCAUUACGCGAAUGGUUUGCGGCUUUACCGGAUUGGAUGCGUGAACUUGGAAAUGAGUUUGUUCCAGAGCUCGAAUCGCGAAACCCGCCUCCGUGGUCCGUCGUGUACCUGCACAUGCUCUACUACACGUGCGUGAUCCUGCUGCAUCGGCCGAAGAUGUUGGAAGCUUUGCGACAGUCAAGUUCUGGUGCCAAUGCGCUCUUUCAAAAUCCGGCGUUCUUGGUCUGCGUGUCGAGCGCCAACUCGAUAGCCAGCAUCGCAUCGAAAAUGGCAAUCAUCAACCCGCACUACAUCUUCAUGACGUCCUUCGUUUCAUUCUCCAUAUUCCAAAGCGGGUUGGUGCACUUGCUCUGCCUGCAACUUGGCAGUCAGGGUAUACUCACCCCGAGUCAGGCACAAGCGACCUUCGUGGCACAAGCCCCUCGGAACGUGACCCUCCAUCUCGAAGCCCUGAAGAGCAUCAGCAAGUUCUAUUUCCUUCCAAACAAGGGCUACCUGAUCUAUAAGAAUCUACUCGACACGUGCAACGCAUCGCUCACUUCUCUCCCGCGAACGAUUUCAGCAGCCGGCAUCACCGCCUCUGAUCGAUCCCCGACACCAGCGGGAAGCGAUCAACACGGCUCCGACUCCUUUGGCACGCCCGGCGCGACUCCCUCUCCCGGCGCGAACUUCGGAUCAUUGGACGGCACGUCGGCCUCCAUGUCUACACCCUCGCAAUACGGGGAGAUCUCCCCGUCCGGCGGCUUCCAAGCUUUCCACCAGCCGCUCUCCCGCGCUCUGAGCCAACCCACCACCCAGCAACAACCGCAAUCCUUCAUUUCCACCAAUCACUUCUCGGCCGGAAUCAACGCGGCCCUCCUCACCCAGAUCCAACAACAAUCCGGCUCGAAUUUCACGACCGGUUUCGGUCCACCGCCCGCCACCUCGUCCCGAUCGGCGGACACGACCGCGCAGUACCACGAGGAUUUCACCUACCUCGUCGGGCCGAGUGGGUCCAACAACAAUGGUGGUGCUGGGCAAUUUUCAUCGUGGGAGAGCCUGAUGGGCGCCGGCGGAUCCGCCAUGGGAUCGUCGGAUAGUCUGAACCCGGAUAACAGUGACCUGGCGAUGGAGACGCAGGCUGGGCGGAAGAAUUCGCUGCAGGGGGAGUAUGCCGGGGGCGCCGGGCAACAGCAACAACAGCAGCAGAGUAAUAAUGCGUUCAGCAUCCACCCUAGUUUCCUUGCGCGGCCGCCUGACCAGAAUUGAGGGCGUGCGUUUUUAUGCCUCUGCCCUCCGUGCGCGAGGGCUAGCUUCUGCGCAUUGUGACGGCCGGAUGUUGUA